GUACAGUCAGUGCAGUGGAGGAGGCUGAUUCACAGAAACACGGAGAGUGGGCUUGCAGCUGUGUCCAGGCUCCGUGGGACGGUUCGGUUCGUGCAGAUGAUCGUUUUCGCUGGAUGUUGGAGUCUUCUGGGAGUGAGAUGAUCAUUCAGACCUAGGAAGGAGGUUCUGCUCAGCUGAUCCAUGUUCAUGCUCACAGAUAACUAGCUCUAUAGAGGCUAGCUUCUGAGUUCCUACACAGAGACGGACGAAACUCCAACAUGGACCAUCUGGUCGGUUGUGAUCAGCCGCCAGGGGCCUCGUGUCUCUGCAUAGAGCCUCAGUAUCAAUGCCCCUCCUCCGCCCAGCAGACCUUGUUACUACCAGACCCCCUGGACCAGACCAAAGCCAAAGCCUCAGGCCCAGAGGAGCCACCCAACGAGGACAGCGAGGCCACAGAGUCUGCAGACAGCGAGAACGACAUGAACCCCCCAUCUCUAAAAUGGGAGCUGAGGAGGUCGUCUUCGUCAUCUGCUCACAGCGGUGAGGAAGACGACGCUGAGACGAUGGAGAGAAGGCUGUUCAUGAAGGCCUAUGUGGAGAAGGUGUUUCAUGGAAGGGAGGACUUUGACCAGGAGGAGAAGGCCAUGUUUGGAGAGCUGUGCAGUGGAGAGAACGGAAAAGGCCGGGAAUGGUUUGCCAAAUAUGUCAGCGCCCAGCGCUGCCACUCCAAAUGUGUGAGCGAGGCCACGUUCUACAGGCUGGUCCAGUCCUUCGCUCUUGUUCUGUUUGAAUGUUUCCAGGUGGACGACUACAGCCCGGCUAAAAGCCUCAUGACCAUGUGCUUCACAUAUUACUACAUUGGGAAGUGUCCGCAAUCCCCCUCUGACCUGCUGGACCGCGGCGGUCAGCAGGCAGGUCUGGACUCGUACCUGAACAAGGCCAACUCCUGGCUUUCAGGAAAGAAAGACGUUGCAGAGCGCCUUCUCAAACACACAUCGAAAACUGACGUCAGAGGCUUCUUUGGAGGCCUGGAGAGCAAACUGAGGAGCUCCAUAGCUUCCAAGUCUGAAGAAGGUCCUGGUGAGAUGAAACCCAAGUCCCCAGAGUCAGAAGGUCUAGAAGAGAAGAGAGGAGAAAAGGUUUACCUGUACACUCACCUGAAGCAGCAACCUAUAUGGCACACGCUGAGGUUCUGGAACGCUGCAUUCUUUGAUGCCGUCCAUUGUGAGCGGACGAAGAGAUCUCCGACCACCAGUGGAGCGCAGGACGCAGAGGGAGACAAGAGGGAGAAGUGGUGUCACAUGACCCAGGAGGAGAGAGACGACAGCUACAAGAUCGAUGAGAACAUCGCCUUCGGGCAGCUGGGGACCUUCACCCAUAACAUGCUGGCCUUUGGUCUCAGUAAGCGCCUCUGUAACGACUUCCUGACGAAGCAGGCCGUCAUCGGAAAUCUAAAUGAAGAGCAAUACAAGCUGCUGAGAGAACACAUUGAGAAGAUGGCGGCAGAGUGAGGCGGAGGACGGCGCCGGUUUCUCUCCCGCUCCACGUCCAUUUCAUAUUUAUGGUGUUCAGUCCUGAAAAUGAUCAUCUCCAGUCUGCAAAGGGUUGAAUAAUGAGCAAUAAAAUAAGAGCAUCAUUUCUGCAGAGGAAUGUGUCUCACGAAGGACUCGGCCUGCAGUGAUCUGAUGUUCAGACGUCUAUUUAUUUAUUUAACUGUUCUGUUGUUGUUGUUGUUCUCUGGCUUCACCUUUUAACUGACAGAAACGAAACCUUGAAUCUCCCACCGAUCCUACCUACUUCAUCAUCUGUCUUGUAAGGUCUCCCUGAGGACUCCCUGCUGUUACUUUGUGCUGUCACUAGGGGGCAGUAUUGCGCCUCAUAUGAAUUCACUGCUCCAGUGUGUGUAGCGCCUCCCUGUGGUGGCUCUUCAGAGGAAGGUUUUCUGUGCUGCUCCAUGUUUCCUGCCUGUGGAUCAGCAUCAGGUUUCCUCUCCUCACUGAGGCCCCUUAAGGUCCAUCAGUUGUUCUGGGUUUCAACCAUUUAAUGUAUGAUAUCAAUAAACCAGGUGAAUAAAUUGUAAAUGUGA